AUGCUUCUAUGCCUUCUGUCGAACCUCGAGGAUCUGUGUGUCUCUCUUUUCGAUCAUUCCGAAUUCUCAGCCACAUUAUUCUGCCUCCCGUCUCAACGCGUGGCUUCCCUCGCCAACGUUCGGAAAAUACGAUGGGAAAGCCGGAGCGAUGACUUUCAAGACGUGCCCACCGCGACACUUUUUCAAUGGCUAUGUCUUCCAUCUCUGGACAGCUAUUCAGCCCUUGGUGUCGACUUCAUUGGUGGUCAUUUUCCAUGGGAUCAAACUUUCACGCUUACGUCACUUGAACUCAUCGGCGCCCGCAUUGUUGACAUUUAUUUUGAGUACUUCGACGCAGUGCUAGAAAGAUGUACGAUGCUGAAAGCAUUCGCCUUUGUUGCUGGCCCUCGACUGCAAUACCAUGGCUUUGUAAGUCCUGGAAACAUCAUCAAACUCCUGAGUACGCUCGUCAGCGGUACUUUGGAACGCCUAAGGCUCGAAUUCGGCAUGGCAUCAGAAUACUAUGCCUACACAGACCUCAUCAACUCAUCUGCAGACAAUCUGACUCGGUUAGAGCACCUCAAAGUUUUGAGCAUUGAUGUACAGCCCGUUCUUGGCUCGGAUGCGCAUGGUGCGUCUGUGGACAUCGAGAAAGUCUUCCCACGAAAUAUUUCCGACCUCUCACUCUACUUGUGCGGAUUGAGUACACAGCAAGAAAUCGAUGACCUGACAUAUUCAGGCAUUCGGCAAAUUUGCCCGGACUUGAAGGUCCUGAGAAUCGACAUGGUCAAGAUACUUCUUCAUCCCUGCGUACUUAGAGUCUCCGGAGGGGACUUCCGUUCAAUCGGUUUAGAUUUCCAGUACGAUCUCACAGAGAGAUACCGGGGAGAGGGAGAUGAUGAAGGACAUGUGCUCUAUCAGAAGUUAGACUCAUAG